GGCUGGGGAGAGCCGCGCGCCGCCACAGCUACUUCCGCCUUCCCCGCAACCCGGGCUCUCCGCUCGCCAGCACCCGCGCUUCCGGUAGGCGCGCGCCCACCUCUGCCCCUGCUUCCGGCCCGCCCGCCCGGCCACCGCGCUCCCGCCGCCGGGAAGCCGUCCCGGACCGGCGGCUGCCGCCGCUCCGCCUCUUUUUCAAGAGAAGCCGUCGAUGACGCCGUUCCGCUCCGCUCGGCGCCCCGGAAGAGCUGAGUCGCGCUCCGCCUCUUGAUCCGGAAGCGCCUCGCCGCUCCUCUUUCCGAGACGGCCCUGGAAGGAGGAGCAAUGCAAGAGGAGGGAGAGUGAGAGGGGAGGGUACAUUGACAUCUGUCUGAUACUAGACUGGUGAAUAGGAAGAAGGUCCCAUCUCUGGCCCGUUUGUGGAAGCUGGGAUGAUGAAGGCCCUGCAGUGGGAACGUGCUGUGGUACAGGGUUGAAGCUCCAGCCCAUGUGGGAUAGUUAUAGAGCAAUUGGAAGGGUUGCGUGCAGAGUUCUGGUAAAGAUGGAAGAAUCUCAUUUCAACUCCUCUCCGUACUUCUGGCCAGCAGUGCCCACCGUCUCGGGACAGAUUGACAACACCAUGUUUAUUAACAAGAUGAAGGAGCAGCUAUUGCCCACAGAGAAGGGCUGCAGCCUUGCUCCCCCCCACUACCCUGCCUUGCUGACAGUGCCCACCUCAGUGGCCCUACCCACUGGCAUUGCAAUGGACUCUGACACCAAGCCGGAGCAGCUGACACCACACAGCCAAGCCCCUGUGACUCAGAACAUCACCGUGGUGCCAGUGCAGUCUGCUGGACUCAUGACAGCAGGUCCUGGUCUCGUGAUAACUUCUCCAUCAGGCUCCCUGGUGACCACAGCCUCCUCUGCACAAACCUUUCCCAUCUCAGCUCCCAUGAUCGUCUCUGCACUACCCCCUGGCUCCCAGGCAGCCCUCCAGGUGGUGCCUGAUCUGACCAAGAAGGGGACAACCACCCUCUCCGAAGGUGGGGGGGGGGGCGGGGGUGGGGGAGUUGCCCCCAAACCGCCUCGGGGUCGGAAGAAGAAACGAUUGCAGGAAUCGGGGCUGCCAGAGAUGAGUGACCCCUUUGUGCUGUCGAACGAGGAUGAUGAGGACCAGCACAAGGAUGGCAAGACAUACAGGUGCCGGAUGUGUUCGCUGACCUUCUACUCCAAGUCGGAGAUGCAGAUCCACUCCAAGUCCCAUACGGAGACAAAGCCACACAAGUGUCCUCACUGCUCCAAGAGCUUCGCCAACAGCUCCUACCUGGCCCAGCACAUUCGCAUCCACUCAGGGGCCAAGCCCUACACGUGCAGCUACUGCCAGAAGGCCUUCCGCCAGCUCUCCCACCUGCAGCAGCACACACGUAUCCACACUGGGGACCGACCCUACAAAUGCGCUCACCCUGGUUGUGAAAAGGCUUUCACGCAGCUUUCCAACCUGCAGUCCCACAGACGGCAGCACAACAAAGACAAACCUUUCAAGUGCCACAACUGCCACCGUGCAUACACAGAUGCUGCCUCGCUGGAGGUACACCUGGCUACACACACGGUGAAACAUGCCAAGGUCUAUACCUGCUCCAUCUGCAGCCGGGCCUACACCUCGGAGACGUACCUGAUGAAGCACAUGCGGAAACACAACAUCCCUGAUCCACAGCAGCAGGUGGUUCAGGCCCAAGCCCAGGCCUCUCAGCAGCAGCAGCACUUCCAGCCACAGGGAGGUGGGGCAGCAGGGGGCCCUUCUGGAGACACUAACCAACCCAAUCCUCCCCCUCAGUGCUCCUUUGACCUGACUCCUUACAAGACUUCAGAGCAUCACAAGGACAUCUGCCUCACUGUCAGCACCAGCGCCAUCCAAGUGGAGCACCUCUCCAGCUCCUAGAGAGACCUCAAGCCAGGGAGCAGAAAGCCUCUUGUGCAUAGCCUGCGCCCAGGGGCACCGCUUGUGUGGUGGCCCUCCUCAUGCAACAGUCUCUGGCCUCUCCUCCUGCAACAGCCUCUUCUGGCCGUGUAACCCUGUUCAUGGCAGCCCCUUGAAUAACAGCCUUUAUCAAGGGGGUGCUCCUUCUGUGCAACAGCCUGCCUGGUAGGAGGAUGCUUCCUUGUGCAAGAGCCCCUUUCCUGUGCUGGGAUCACUUCCUCAUGCAAGAGCCCCUCCUUUAAAACCCAAAGAAAGGCCUCUGUUUUGCCUUCUCUCACUGUAGGAUGCGUAUGAAGGGGUGGGGAGGUGUUGAGACAUGCGUGGUGAAUGAAAUGGAGUCCUAGUAUGUACAGGGGCUUGGACACGCUUUCAGUGGGCCACAGAAGAAUGUGGCAGGGUUCACAGCUGGAUGGCUUUUUUUUUGAGGAUUUCCUUGAGUGUCUAAGAGGGUAAUAUCCAUUCCUGUUCCUCCUGCUUGUGAAAGGGAGGAGGGGUCGAUCAUCCAGCCCCCAGGACUGGAUGGGAUAAAUCUCCCCAGUGGAAAGUGAGACCAGUGUGGGGGAGAGGUGAGGCAUAUUCUCUGGGCUGGAGAGGUGCCUACACUGCCUGGGGGCUAUGGAGUAUUGCACUCUUUCUUCUCCCCUAGUGGAGAGCAAUAGAGAGGAGUCUGUUGGAACUGGCUGCUGCCUCUCCCAGCUGUCUGAGCAGCGUUUAUAACGGCCAAGGCCCGAUAGGAAUGUGGGUUCCUGCUCGUUGCUCUUCCUGCCCGUUGUGGAUAAUGUCCUAGCAGCUCGUACUUCUCCUCUCCCUCCUGCUUCCCCCACCUCCUCAGAAAAGCCUGCAGGCAUCAACAACAAACCAAAAAGCAACGGAGGGGAGGGUGAGAGACUGCCAAAAUAAUCAUCGCCCUUCUCUCUACUCCCUUUCCCACAAGGUGGAACAACAGCAGUUCUGACUCACGCCCCUGUCCUGCCCCGUUUCCUAAAGGGAAGGAGGAGGAGGAGUAGACCAGUCUUUCAAGGAGCCAGCGGGUGGUAGGGAAAGGCUAGCUUCUCUGCUCAGCUCUCACCAGAGUGCUCUCUCAGGCUCCUCUUGCCAAGACGGGCUGGACUCAUAUGGCAGUGGUGGCCUCUUCUGGACCCUGAUCAUGGGAGAGAAUCCCCAAAAGGUGGACAGUGGAGAGAAAGGGAUGAAGAUCCCCACAGAGAGACCAAUCUAAAGAGAACGGGGAGCCAACAAGAAUAAACUGAAGGCCCCGUGAAUUUAUAUAUAUAUACAUAUAUAUAUAUAUAUAUAAAUAUCUAUUCCCCACCCCUGGCCCGCUCUGUCCUUGCUGUAACUGUUUCUAUCUCUGUGUUUAUAAAACGCAUUAUCCUGGCGAAUUUUUAUUUUCAAUCUUCGUUUGUUUUUCCCUCUCUCUUUGUCUUUGCUUCUCCUUCCCUUUUGGUUUGUUUGGGUUUUUUUAAUUAUUAUUAUUAUUUUUUUUUGGUCCACAUGACUACUGGUCUUGUGUAUCACUUCUUAGUUUCUUUGGAUCAUGGAGGCUGACUCAAAUGAGAAGGCAAGGGAAAAAAGCAUGUGUUGGGAUUUAAAAUACCCACUCAAAGCCUAUAGUUUCAGAUUUCUGUAUGAACAACCAGAAGGAGCUUUUUUUUUUUUAAUCACUUUGUGUAGAAAUAAACUGGUGUAAAAGGCUCCUCAGAGGUGCUGCUGCAAGCACCCUGCCCCUGUGCCGUGUGUUCCUUCCCCACGCACCAGACUGCAGCAUGAGCAUCUUGCUGCUGCAAGCACCGAGCACCGUGAGUAAUGCAUCCCUGUCGUCAGGCAGCCUUGUGGUUUGUGCAGUGAAAGUUGCAGCUCUGCACCUGUGUAGCUUGUGGCAGGGAGUUGCUUCUCUGUGCUUAGUCAGCAGGCUUGGCUGCAAGUGGCUGAAGUUUUUUGUAGGUUCACAGAUCAGGCUAGAAGAAGCUACCUGACUCCUACAAUUUACAGGUGACAUUUCAACCUAUUUAUCCUGCACUGAGCCUCGAUAGCUAAGGUGUAUUUAAAUGCAUGAUCACAAAAUGUAUUGGCUUGAUUUUGAGGCACAGGGACACAGCAAAUCCCUUCCAUUGGUAACCCUCUGCAAGGGCUUUGUGUUCUUGCUCUUUAAAUAUCUAAGUCAGGUUUCUCUUGGAUUUGGUUGCCUUUGGCUUCCGGUUCAGAUCCAUCCCACUGAUUCAGAGAACCUUAGAGCUUCCUCCUCUGACCUGGUAUUUAAACACUAACAUCUCUCAAUCUACUUUUUACAAGCUAAACAGAGGGAACUCCUUCAGUCUUCCACUAUAAGGGAUUUCCUCUUGCCUCUGAAUUAUUCUUUUAUUUUCACAUCUUGUCAAUUUUUUCUGUAUCUUGUAAAAGCAUUCAUUUCCAAAUUAAGUGUUCAGUCUCCGGUGCCAUGGACAAGAUUGCCCUUCCCUUUGCCUUAAGUCUGCAGAGGAUUGCAUUUUCUCUUUUCUCCAGCAUUAUACAGGAGCUCACGUUAGCUGCUUAUCUGGUGCAAUUCCUAGAUCAUCAGAAAUCUCAGCUUCCCAAGGUAGUCUUUUCCUCUUUCUAUAGAGCUAGUCCACGUUCUUAUUUCCUGCUUUUUUAAUGUGAGACUGUCUCUGAGUCCAUCUUGUUUGAUCUGGCUUAUAGUGGUCCGGGUCACAAGCCACUUUGCCAGUUUUGUUACCCGCAAACUGUAUCAGUUGUUGCUUUUUUACUUUCAGAUCCAUUUGACCUACACUAACUUGAAAAGCAUCGUUCAGUGUGACUUUUUAUUAGCUUCUUUUUGAGACUUGCAGGCUAGAAGGCAUUUCUUAAUCCUCUUAGUAUGUGAUUAUGUACAAUAAAUCUUUUUGACUUAUGGUGCUAGGUCAAUGCCUUAUGAAAAUUUAAGUAUGUUGCACCUAUGCAGUCCCCUUUGUUAAACCAAACAUAUAACGAUGUCAUCAAAGAAUGAAACCAGGGUUUCAUCUCUUUUUUCUUUUUCCUCCUACAAAAUCUGUAUUUCAUAAACCUUUGGAUUGUAGGUUUCAUUCUUCACUCAUUCAUUCAUUCAUCUCAACAGCUUUUCCAUUAUUUUGCCUCAGACUGAUUUUGAUGCCGAGUCCUUUCAUUUGCAUUUUGAGAAUACUGUCAUGAAUGUCUUGCAGAAUUUCUCUAAUAUCCCACAUUUAAUUAAAAUUGGAAUUGUUGGGCUAGAGAGCUGGUUAGUCAACUCUUCUAGGACUGUUUCUUUACUGACUUAAAAAUAUAUGUCCCCAGUAGAUGUUGUCUAAUUUCUUGCUUUGAUACUACGGUACUGAAGAGAACUUGCUAUUUUCAUACUACUGCCACAUUCUGUUUCUUUUUGAGUAUGGGAUUAGAAGUAUUUGACUGAUGUUCUUUAUUCUCUGUCCUUAGCAGUUUAAUAGUUUUUAUUUAGCAUGGAUCAGUACUAUUAGUAGUAUUUCUUUGUUUUUUAUUUAAAACAACAACAACAACCAAAACCAACAAAAACACAACAAAUGAAAACUCCAGAAUUCCUUUCCUUUUAUCACUAGUUUUGCUUGCCACAAAUCUUUCCUUACUAGGUUUUUUUUUUUUUCUAUCUAAUAAUAUCUAUUUUUAUCUCGUUUGUUGUCUGAGCUUCCUCUUUUCCAUGUGUUGUAUUUUGGCCUUUUAUCUUUUUUUUUUUUCCCCCUUGUUUCAGUUGUUUUUUCUCACUCGCAGACUUUCUCAGUGAACCCAGAACAAGCUUUUACCCAAAGCUUUGUGGAACUGGGACGUUUUUGGCCAUAUCAUAAUUUUUAAAUUAAAGAAUAGUUUUCAUCCACA